GCCGGGUUCACACCGCAAGCUGCAGCAGAGCGGAAGCAGCGCGCGGCUAUUUUGCUUUCACACCGGCAGCAGAGGCAGCGCGCAACUGAACAGCGGAUUUUGGACAGAGUACUCUAUAAUGGUACGUGUUGUUGAUAGAAGGAAGGCCAUCGCGCUAUAUUUGUUAUUAAGGAGACUACGAAAAAGACGCAGACUUUGGGUUCAUCCCAUUAACCGACGUAUGAGAGAACAUGGUGCAUAUUACCAUCUUGUCGCUGAACUGUUUCUUGACCGUGACCGGCAUCUAAAGUACUUCAGGAUGAGUGCAGAACAAAUGGAUCACAUUCUUUCCCUGAUUGGAGGCCACCUUUCAAGGCAAACAACAAACUACAGGCAGUCCAUUCAACCUAAGCAGCGACUUGCAGUUACACUGAGAUUUCUGGGAACUGGAGAGAGCUUCACCAACCUGCCCUUCCAGUACCAUCUAGAGAAAAGCACCAUUGCUGAAUCUGUCCAUAUGACUUGUAGAGCAAUUGAGGAGCAAAUGAUGGCAUCACAGUUCCCUAGACCAACAGAGCACAUGUGGAGAGCCAUAGCGUCCAAAUUUUGGGAAAAAUGGAACUUCCCAAACUGCAUAGGUGCUAUUGAUGGGAAGCAUGUUACCUUUAUGUCACCUGCACAUUCUGGUAGCUUGUUUUUUGAUUACAAGAGAAUUUUCUCAAUAGUUCUUCUAGCACUAGCAGAUGCAGAGUACAGAUUUACAUUUGUACAGGUCCGAGACUUCGGCAAAACAAGUGAUGGUGGUGUGUUCAGUGGUUCUGCUCUACACCAUGGGGAGAGGCAUGGAGGCCACUGA